GUGAAAUAUGUAGCCGCAAUCAGCCAGCCAGUCUGCCUACUGCAACGGCAACAGUAACAGCAACACCGAGGUCCAGCAGAGCAGUACAGCUUAUCUCCCGCUUACGAUCUAGGUAGGUAGACGAGCCAAUCGGUGUCUGUCUGCUCCACAGUGCCGACACCGACCUCCUGCACCUCAAAUAUUUGCUAUUUGCGACCAGGCUUUCUCUGUUACUUCGCCAUACCUCCCUCCCUCAUUCCCUCCCUACCUAUCGAACCUUACUUUGGACUCCAUUCAUAACUCCAAUACUACUACUUACUCCUUCCUACGACCUACCCAACCUUGACUGCCAAGAAAGGGUACCCUCAAUCUCACCCUACUCUACCCAGUCUUCCCCGCCAAAGUCAAUCGGCACUCAAUACAACUGCCCUCCUCCUACCCAACAUUGAUUGACAAGAAGACCUCAUGCCUGAUGUGACGGGAACCCUCGAGUACCUUCAAAAGCUCGCACUCUACGAAUCCGAAAAACCAUAUUGGUGCUUUCUCCCUCCCCAUGAUGGCUUCGACCCGGACGUGGAGCGAGUCGACAACUUGGAAUUCGAAGACCAUUCCGACGUCCAUAUUCGAGAUAUCCGAGACCUAAAGCACGCCUUCAAAAUCAACGACUGCGGAUUCGAAGUUGUUUCUCAUCAUAGCCGCUUCUCCAGCUUCCAAAAGCCCGACGAUGUCGCACAAUAUCGCGCAGAGGCAGAUCAGCUCUUAAAGGAUACCCUGGACGCCGCCUUUGUGAAAUCUUACGACUCCAUCCUUCGGAGGAAUGUGCCCUUUCAACGAAACCAGAUGGAUUUAGCCGAUCCUUUACACACAGAAGGACCUGCUCGUGGUGUUCACAAUGAUAUUACUUAUGAUUCUGGUCCGGAGGUCAUCAAUCGUUACUUGACAGACGAAGAAAGGUCACUCUUCCUCAAACCAGGAUACCGCUUCAGGAUUAUCAACACUUGGAGGCCGCUGGUGCCAGUCCUUGAAGAUCGACCCCUAGCCCUCUGCGAUAGUCGGUCGGUAGACCCAGAAGACUUGGUUCCAGCAGAUCGAGUUGCGCCAGGAAGGUUUGGAGAAGUAUACUACCUCACUCACAAUCCAAACCACAAGUGGUUCUGGCUCAACAAGCAAACUCCUUCUGAACCAUUUAUAUUUACCAUGUACGAUACAAAAGAUGGUCCACAUGCGAGAUUCUGCCCACACGUCUCAUUUGUGAAUCCUCUUGCACCCAAGAACGCAGCCCCACGAGAGUCGGUCGAAACACGAUCAAUAGUAAUUACAAAAGAAUAAAGACUAAUUUUAAGACUUCUACCUAUUACUCCUAUUAGUUAGCUAGGAACUCGGUUCUAUAAUACUUAUAUAGUGCGC